CAACGGGUUCGUAUCGUGCGAGUAACUCACAAGUGAUUGUAAAAAAUGGCAUCCGCGACGACGUCGCACAAUGAGGUAUCACAGCAAUUUUCCGUCAACAAACUUAUACGAGUUGGUUAUUACGAAUUGGAUAAAACUAUUGGAAAGGGUAAUUUUGCUGUUGUCAAGAUGGCUACCCACGUCGUUACUAAAUCCAAGGUUGCAAUCAAGAUAAUAGACAAGACAAAACUCAGUGAGGAGAAUUUAGCUAAAAUAUUUCGUGAGGUUCACAUAAUGAAGAGACUGCGGCAUCCCCACAUUAUCAGGCUUUAUCAAGUAAUGGAGACUGAAAAAAUGAUUUAUUUGGUUACUGAGUAUGCACCUGGGGGUGAAAUAUUUGAUCAUCUAGUGCGUAAUGGGAGAAUGUCAGAGUCUGAGGCGAGAAGAAUAUUCAAACAGAUUGUACAGGCUGUUCACUAUCUCCACCAGAAUCGAGUCGUUCAUCGAGAUCUUAAGGCUGAGAAUCUACUCCUUGAUGCAGACAAUAAUAUUAAACUCGCUGAUUUUGGAUUCAGUAAUGAAUAUACACCGGGUGUGCCUUUGAGCACUUGGUGUGGUUCACCGCCUUACGCAGCUCCCGAAAUAUUCGAGGGUAAACAUUAUGACGGCCCAAGAACUGAUGUGUGGAGUUUGGGUGUUGUAUUGUAUGUAUUAGUGUGCGGUGCAUUGCCAUUUGAUGGACCCACUAUGCAGUUGUUGCGGGCUGUCGUUAUCUCAGGAAAAUUUAGGAUACCAUUUUUCAUGUCGGCCGAGUGUGAGAAAUUGAUAAGGCAUAUGCUUGUUGUUGAGCCUGAGAGGAGACUCAGUAUUAUACAGAUUUUAACACAUCCCUGGAUGGGUGGAGAUGGACUCACUGAGCCUGAACCUGGAGGGUGCAGUCCUGAAACAACUCUCUCUCAGCCUAUUAAUCAAAUGGUAAUAGAGAAUAUGCUGAGACUGCCUGGUCUGGACGCAGACACUCUAUUAAAAUCCAUACAAGGAAACGCGUUUGAUCACGUAUCGGCAAUUUAUCAUUUGCUCGCUGACCGUCUGGAAUUCUCAAUGCAGAGUUUACCAAGUAUGCAGACAUUGCCAGGGGAUUAUAUGGCUGACGGUGCUCACCAGUUAGAGAAAUUCGGUGACACUGAGGCGGAGUGUGAAUCAGAGCGAAUUGGACUCAAUCUACCGCCUGGCACACCCUAUCAUGCCACCAGGAGACACACUGUGGGACCUGGUGACACGGCCCACCAGCCAUCAUCGCCCUAUCCUUACGCCUGUAAUUAUGCACCUGGUGGAUAUCCGCCUCUUGGCCUUUUGCCAAUGAUGCAGUGCAAUGUUGACCCACAUAUGCUGCCGCAGACUAAUUUACCACUGAAUCUUCCACUGGUGCAAAAUCAACCGCCACAGAAUUUCCAAAUCAAGGAUCAGCAUUUGUUAAAACCACCGCCAGUCAUGGGAGCCACGAGCAGUUUUGGGAGGAGAGCAUCGGAUGGUGGAGCAAAUCUACACGUAUUCUACCAACAGCAGCAUGGAAAUGGGACAGGAAAUGGUGAAGAGAGUGGCUGGAGUCAGCCAGGCAGCAGAGAACACUUGCAAUCUGGUGGAAGCCCCACGUUGGGUCAGUGCUCUCAAACACUGAGUGUAAGUACAGGGAGCCCGGAUAGUAGUGGUGGUGGAAGUAGUGCAAGUUCAACGAGUGGUAGUGACAGAAGACGACGAAGUGGUCUCACAGCUGUUAUGCAACGGCCAGUUAUAAAUCCGGAACUGGUCAUGGAGGUGGAAGCUAGGAUGAAUAGGGCAUAUCUACCAUCGAGACUGCUGCCUUGUCAUUUAAGGGCAGCUGGGCUUCCUCAUCUCAAGAAAACCUCACUCUAUCCUGUUGGAGCUGCAGGCAGCCGAGAUUCUUAUAAAGAACCUACUACUCACGUUGCAGCCGAACGAUAUUCACCUGUGAGAAGAGCGUCUGAGGGCUCAUGUCCGCCUGGCCCUGGCAUUCAGGCCAUUCAGCAAGAGUAUCAGCAGCUCCAGAGACUUGCCUCACCCUCGCACAGUCCAGCCAGUAUUCCAGGCUCUCCAGUUCAUGAACGAGGGGUUGCAGCCAUCACUCAGGGUCUCAGUGGUUUGACAACAGCACCGGUGCAAGGGAGUAUUGUUCAUGGUACUCCCACACAGCCACCUACAGCCCCUCUGGAUUUGAGUCCCCUACGUCAUCACAGAUCACCAGCAACAACGCCAGUGAGUUAUUCACCGAGCAAUAGUCCUGCUCUCGAUAUGAUUCAGGAGGAACACCCGGUUGAUAUGCUCAGGAAAAUACCACCUCAAAUAUCGGUGACUGAUGUGCUAGGGGGUCAGGUAACCCUUGUCGGAUGUACACCAUCACCAUCACCAUCAGUGGACUCUCUGGAGGACAAUUUUCCUCACUACAGUCCACUACCAAGUUUCAUAAUCUCAGAGCCCUGUGAUCCAUCUCGUCCGAGCAUAACUCGAGGAAUAGGUCGAUUACAUUCAGUAAGUUCACCAGUGUCAACCGAGGUAGAAGUAACAUUAUCCGAUGAAUCGAGUCGUCUCAAUUCAGAGGCUAUACUAGGUCGUGUUAAGCAAAUAAUAGAUGCACAUGCACCACCAAAAGGAUUUAUAUUCUCAAGACAGGAGGUCGCUGGUGGUGGACUGAGUCUUGAAUAUCCUGGAGGUGUACAAAUUGAAUUGAGAGUAUGCGAAUCUGAGGAGCGAGAAGUUAAGGGAAUUAAAAUGCGACGAAUAAGUGGUGAUCAGUUGCAGUACAGUCAACUAUGUCAACAAUUGAUUUCUUGCAUCACCGUUUGACAAGAAGACACGCAAUUGUGUCCAAGUCAAAUAUAUUAUUUAAUGCCAACCAAAGGGUUAGCACGUAAAUCUCCAAUAUUUGACAUUUUAUUAUGUACAUUCCUUGUAAUGAUUAUUCCUGGUGUCUCAAAACACCAACUCAAAAUCAGUAUUGCAUCGUGCAUACUGCAUAUAUGUAUAUAUACCUAUUUACGUACACGUACGUGCACUAGAAAUUAUCCAGAUGAUUGUUUAACGCCUAAAUCAUAAUCACGUGCUGAAUUAUUUCAUCAUUUUACGAUGUAUACAUACGCAUAUGCAUUUUGGUUGACGUCACCCCAUCGGCUUUCGAGUGACACUGUGUACAGAUUGUUACGUUUCAAUCAAUUAUCAUGAAAUUAACGGAUUUAUUGUGUUAAUGGCGACAUUGAUACCGUUAUUCACUAGACUUCAAUUGGGUUUAAUCGUUGUAAAUAGCUGGAAUUAAUAUGUAAAUACGUCAGUAGCUGACAACACUUGAUUAACGCCAAAACUAUUGAAUUAACCCAUUCAGAGAUUUAGAUAAAUCAUUAUUUACACGUACAUUCCAAUUUUUUUUUGUCUGUCAUUGUUUUUAUGUAGGGAAGAGAAUGGCCACGCGAGGUGGAAAAGUGUUGUAAAUAUUUGUGUAAUAUAAUAUUUGAGAGAUCGUUGGCUUCAUCGUCGAUGAAUUUAAACGAUUAUAAUUGAGGUUAACGUUUUUGUUUUCUUCAGUCAGUAAUCAUAUACUGACCUUUACAAUUGCAAAAAUGGUGUUCAUGUAAUUAUUUUAUCAGGCACUUGUAAAACUGUUAUAUUUAAUUCCAAUAUUAAUUUAACGCGUAUUACGAUCAUACGCACAAAAAAA